AUAUAUGUAUAUAUGUGUAUAUAUAUAUAUAUAGCAUAAUAAUGCCUUGAGUUUGCUGUAUUUCCAGUUCUUCUUCGUCAACCAUGGCGGAUCAAUUCCCACUCUUAGAAGAACAAAAAAACAUCAUUCAAAAGGAUUUUUCAUCUUCUUCUUUACAAGAAUUGGUGUCUGGGUCUUGUUUUUAUGGCGAUCCAAGUCUCUGGGAACCCAUAGCUCGAGCUUCGAGGUCUGAAAAUGGCGGUUCCAAAGGCAAUGAUCAAUCAAAGUCUCCAUCUUCUUCUUCUUCUUCGCCUUCUUCGUCGUGUUCUUCGUCGUUUAGAAUGUUUUCGAGGGGGAAAACUGAGAUUUCUGGUGGGAAUUUGAUCGAAAGUAAUGUUCAAGCAGAUGGAGAAAGGUUCAUUCCUUUGAAUUUCUUGGAGAGUUUUCCCAAACAAGAAUCUGAGUCUUUUUCUUCUUCUCCUCUGUUUCAGUCUAGAACAGAUUCAACAAAUUUAACUCUGUUUCUUCAAGAACCCACCAUUGUUGAUCCAUACCCAUUUCAAAUUCAAGCUCAAAAUGGGUUCCAAUGGCUGAAAAGCCACCAAAUUCAGAAUCAGGCCGACGCCAUUGCUGCCACUGCGUCGAGAAAUUACAGUGAUUUCUGGCUGGGGGCGACGAAAACUCAGCCGAUGAAACAGAUUGGAAGAAAACAGGGGAAUCACAAAACAGAGACAUCGGCGAAGGCAACGGCAUCGGCGGUCGGAAAGUUGUUCAGAGGUGUCCGGCAGCGGCACUGGGGGAAAUGGGUGGCGGAGAUUCGGCUGCCGAGGAACCGGACGAGGGUCUGGCUUGGGACCUUCGAUACAGCGGUGGAAGCCGCCGUCGCGUACGACACUGCCGCCUAUAUACUGAGAGGGGAAUUCGCACAUUUGAAUUUUCCCGAUCAGAAGCACCGCCUGAAAUCCAAUUCUCUUAACCGUACCACGGCGGCGCUGCUGGAGGCGAAGUUGCAGGCAAUCACGCAGGGGAACUCCGGUAGAAAAAAAACGACCACAGCAACCACUGCCACCAAAUCCGCCAUUGAUCCUUCUUCUAUUUCAGAGAAAAGACCGUUGCAGGGAGAUUCAAAAGUGCUAAAUUUGAACCAGAAUCCGGUGAGUUUUUCACCGGAAAACAUGUCGGGCAGUGGCGGCAACAACGGUGGCGGAUCUGAAACAGGGGAGUUGAAGAGAAAUCAAGAUGGAAUCUUGGAAAUUGAACAACAUGUUCAGCUCAGCAGAAUGCCAUCUUUGGACAUGGACAUGAUUUGGGAUGCUCUUGUUUUCGAAGCACAUUGGUUGAUCUUUCAAAUCUUUGUAUUUACAAGACGGUCCCCAUAAUACGCUCACUUCAGAACUGAUUGCUCCAGUUUUUCCAAGACUCUCCGCUAGUUGAACCUCAUCCAGUAGACUCCCUAUUUGGCUCAUCCCCUUCGUCGGCUCUUUUAUCAAGAUACCAUUACCUAAGUUUGUAAAGUUUGAAAGGAACAAUGACUGGCAAAUUUCUUACCGUGUAGGAUGAUUUAGUCAGGACAAAGGAUGAAUCAGAGGUAUACUAUUGACUCCGGGGACUAUGUGAUCUAUUGUCUCUAUUGGGUACUUUUUCUUUCAUCCCUAACACCCUUUCUUCUCCUCCCUCAGCCUAACUUUGCCCUCGAGUUUUUGAACUCGAUAUAAAAACUUUAAGAUGAGCUCAACGAGUAACCAAGACUUGAUGUAAGCUUUAAUGAUAUCGAUGAGCUCAUUUGAGCUAAUCGAAUCUUUUACUAAAGUGAGGCGCGGUCUCAUAAUCCCUCAAACUCAAAGUACAUACACACACUCUGUCAAUUAAGGCAGUUCCCUGAUAGAGAUUAGUGGACGACUCUCUAAUAGUCUCCAUAUAGUAUAAUCAUCAUAA